UGCUUCCACGCUCCAACUCCGACCGCCUUAGCCUCUUCUCCUCGCUCCACUUCUCUUCUCUUCGUCCCCUUCCCACCAAAAACUACUCUUCACUGCACGCUGCAAGAAGCAGAGCAAGGAGGAAAAAAAAACAAGAAUAUUUCCUCUAACAUAUCCGGCCACCGAUCUACGUAAGUGCGCCGUAAUCCGGUGCCGUCUCCAUGGGUUCCUCCGAUCGGAAGGUGGAUGGGAUCGGGGUGGUGGAGGAAGGGAGGAGGAGCUGCGUCGAAUGCCGCACCACCUCCACGCCCAUGUGGCGCGGCGGGCCGACCGGCCGUAGGUCUCUGUGCAACGCUUGCGGCAUCCGGUACCGGAAGAAGAGGAGGCAAGACCUUGGCCUAGAUCAAAAGGAGCCGCCGCAGCCGCAGCUCCAACAUAACAGCGAGGAGGCGACAACAACUGAUGUAAAAGACAGUAAUAGCAACAGCAGCAGCACUAGCAGCAACUUGCAGGUGGUCCAGAAAAGGAGGUUUCUAAUGGGGGUGGAAGAGGCUGCGUUGUUGCUCAUGACAUUAUCUUCCCCACCUGCAUCCACCUUGCUACAUGGCUGACAAACCCAGCUGCCCACACCCAAAUCACCAAUGUACAUACAUACACACACACACACAUAGAUACAAAAACGCGCACUCUAACACGUGCGCGCUCACCAGCCGACGAUUCCAGUCCAAUCAAAUAGCUUCAUUGUUCGUCAGGAUGAGAUAAGGAAUAGGGGGAUCUCCUAUCUCCAGAUGAUGUGAUAGUGUGAGGGGCAGAGUUAAUUGAUGCCCAUCUGAUCUGAUCUGGAUCUGUCCCAUGCUAAUAUGUGGCGUCACACCGUGGAUUUUCAUGCUGUCUGCCUUAUCUCUUUGUUAUUGUGGUAGGCUCCAUGUGAUCAGAGAGGUCCGUUGAUCUCACUACAAACACUUGUUUCUUGUUUUUGCUUCUUUUUCCUUCUUUCGUUCUUUGGAUGUACAUCGAUCUAUAGGAGGGGUUGAUGAUGAAAAGGAAGCAUCAUCCCUCUUCUUCCUAUAAUAAAGCUGAAAUAUUAUUUAUUCAAGAUCA